AUGCCUCCACUUUUUGGAUUUCUAACUGUUUUUCUUGCACUAUUUGGGUCAGUCACAUCAGACUACCGACCUGAAUGCAUGGAUGUGGUAGAUAACUUUGCUUGGUGCACCGGCUUCAUUGAAAAUGUUUACGACUAUCCAUCGCCUCGAUGCUGUGAUAGCCUCAAGAAUCUCAAUGCAAUUGCAAAACAUGAGAAGGGAGGUGCAAGGAGGAUCUGUGGAUGCAUUGAGGACAUGGCAAAGGAAGUCCACCCUUCCUACAAUGAAACCCGAAUCAAGGAUCUUUAUUCCAUGUGCCAUGUACAUCUGAGCUUCCCCAUUUCUGAACGCAUGGAUUGCUCUAAGGUUGAUUAUGAGACUGGUAUACCUGGGAGUUCACUUUCUUGA